AUGUCUUCUGAUUUCGAUGCUAUUUGGGAGGACCUUCUGGCGGAUUUGAAGACACUACCUGCUAUCUCGUUUGAUGGGUUUGCCCGUCGAAUCCAUUUUCGAGCUCGCUGGAAUAGUGACUUCAACAGUCUGAGGAAGUACAUUGGCACUGACCAACCAUACCCUGCUGGCGAUGAAAAUCACAACCAGGAGCUUGAUGGCAUGGACACGGGAAAUGACUUCAGCAGGCUGGGAAAUUGGUUUCUUACUGCCGAGUUCAUGAGCAUUGAUGACGAUGGCUAUUGGCAGAAAUAUCUAGCAAUGCAACUUUUCCCGUUCAUUAUCUAUCCUAUCUUUACCCCAGAAGUACUCCGCGGUCUCAUGUCGAUGUGUCUUGCCGAGCAUCUCAAUAGUAAAUUCAAAAGCAAUGGUCAUCCUAGCCUCAUGGAGCUAGCAAACACUACCGGCUUCGCGGACUACUUCAUCAACAGAAUACAAACCAAAUCUUUCAUUAUUAACCUUGCCUUGACUGAUCCCACAAGGUCAGAUCAUUUGUUUAGCAUUUCAACCCUUCUGGUCGCGGACUAUCUGUAUUACAAAACGGCUUGGCUUGACAUAUUUAAACUGCUGUCGAAAGACAGACCAAGCUUUAAAGCACUCCAUGCCUGGUCUCUUGUGACAUGGAAUGAGCAGGAACGGGGAGAUGGAGUGGAGACAGAUAACAUUGUGAAGAACUGUGGUAUAGCCGCGACAAUGGCAUAUUGUUCUGUGCUAGGCUCGCUGUCGACUUUCGAUGCACUGAACUUCUUCUACAAGGCAGUAAUGACUGCGAUUGAUACAGAUUCAUUUCCAGAACUUCGCCCGUACCUCGACAGCAUCCAAGCAAGUCUGAAGAGGUUGAUUGACGAAGCCGCCAUCAUCAACGAAUUCGUAAGCUACUCCGAGAAGCUUUACACGACCUUCUACCACAACAUGUCCGAGAAUUGGCGUGAUGGAGUACGCAACGCGUGGAGAGAACGUAAUACUGGCGCUUUAACAGACUGGGUCAACAAGGGAAUCUAUCUCCGCUUAUACCGGUGGAAUUACAAUCUAGUCUCUUAUCUGGAACGAACCUGA